AAUGGAUUUUUCAAAAUAUUUUCGAUUAUCGUGGUUAUAGCCAUUAGAAUACACAAAUUAUUGUACCUAAUGCACAUCUCUUCUAAUAGUUAUAUUUUCGUAAAUUAUACUUUUUUUUUUGUAAACGAUUGCACGCUUUACAUGCAAAAAAUUGAAACUCUGAAAAAAUUUGAGAAAAUUAUAAUAUAUUCUUUGAAUUUUUCUUUCAUAGCACAGGCUUUAUAUUAUAUUAUAUGAGAUAUAUGAUUUUCAACAACAGUAGAAAUGUUAUUUAAAAAAGUGAUCGAUUUUGCAUGGCAUGACCUACAUAUUUAACAACGCAAUCUUUUAAAUUUGGCGCGGCAUAUGUAUAUACCUUACGUAAUCUCAUAUAUCUAUUAUUACUACUGCGCAUGCGCGUAUCCCAUAGCAACGCGUUCCACUGUAUACGAAACAUAUGUGUGUUAAUCCACAAGGCAGAAGUGAUCACAGUACUUGCUCGUUUUGUUAAAUAGAUUAUAAUUGAGAUACCAAGAAAAAUAUUAUUUUAAUUUAUAAAAUAAUGUCAGUGGAAGGGGAGUUUUUCUUAUCUGUUACAGGCUCAAUUGAAUAUGCAGAAUUCUACAAUGCCGAUAAUGCAUAUUGCAAGUACGGGUUUCAUUUUGGAUCCGAAUGGAGCGUUGUGGCAGGAAUUGAAGAAGGUCUGACACAAAUGUGUAAACGCAGUAACGAUCCCAGAAAUGUUAUUGUUUGGAACUUCCCAUUGGAAAUUACGUUUAAAAGCACAAAUCCACAUGGAUGGCCACAACUGAUAAUGUCUAUUUACGGAUUAGAUAUGUUCGAUCACGAUGUUAUUGAAGGUUACGGUGUAUGUCAUUUGCCUCUUAUAACGGGACAUCACGAAAAAAAAGUUUUCAUUUAUGUUCCUCAAUCGUCUUCUACGUUGCAACAAUUCGCUGCUUGGUUGACAGGAAAAAGACCUGAAUUAAUUGAUCCAGCCAUAUUGGCCAGUGGUGGUGGACGAGAAUGAAAUAAAUUCAAAUUGCCAGAGCAGACCAUUCAAUAUGAUUAAUACCCGGAAAGUUCAUUGAAACGGAAAAUGUCGAUAUUCGUUUCUCGUCAAAUAAGAUCGAGAAGAUAGAAGGUUAAAUCGAAACGUCGAGGACCAUAUCGAUCCGUCACGUUUUGACGUUCCUCUUUUGGAGAUACUAUUUAUGAUUCCAUCUUCGUACGUAAUUGGAAUGGUAGUGAACUCGCUAACCGGUAUCAAUUUAUUUUACUCAUUCACUUCCUUAUCUGAAUCAUCUUGUAUGUUCGACUUUGAUGAACAUCACAUUCAGCACACAUCAUCGAUCAAAACAUGUUAAAGGGAUCUUGAAAAUUAUUUAGAUCCUUGGUCGCAUUUAUGAGCUCGACAGCGAAAUACAUGCAUAUAUGUUUAUUGUUUAGUAUUUUUACAAAUACAUGCAAUAUGUAUUAGCUUAUACAUAACAAUAGUUCGCAAAAUAAUUUUUUGCAUAUGUAUCUAUUGCUUCAAAUAACUUAUCGACAACACGUUAUCAAAGUUUAACCUAUUUUUUUUGAGAUUAACAAAGUCAAACUUGAAUAUUUUUUUUUCUUUGCUCGUUAUUUUCAUACAUUAGACUAUUAUCAAAAUUGUUGCACAAUUAGUAUUAAUAAUAGACGACUAGUAUUAAUAAUCGGAAUUUUUAACGUUGUGUGAUAUGUAACGAAUAUAUGUAAAUACAUGGAAUAUAUUACAUUUAUAUAUUGUUUAUUAUUCGUAACAUCAGUUUUUUAGACCGUAUUUUGUAUUACUGAUUGAAAGUGAUAUCUCGUGUGAAACAUUCUUUUUCUUCUACGAAAUUAUGACUUAGAAUUCAUUAAAAAUAUCUUUAUCAAAAUAUUUAUUGUAAAAGACAAUCCUCUUUACGAAAACUAUUUCUAUUUCCCUUUAGUUUUUUGUUUUUAUCAUACCUACAUAUUAAUGAAGCUUGAAAUUAACCUGAGAUACGCGGCAACAACUUCCUUCGUCGAUUACAUAAAUUGCAAUGUCAUCUAGAUUAUAUAUUAGCAACCUUAUUACAACGUCUACUUUCGUGAAAUUGUUUUGCUUCUGCUUUCGCCCUUAAUCGUAACUAGAGUUAGCAUAGAACUUCCGUUUGAAGUUUAUUUUCUAUUAAUUUAUGUUAAUCCAAAAAUAUUUCUAAAAAAUUAAUAUAUGAUUCAUAUAACAUUUCAUAUAUGAGACUGC